UUGGCCCCGUUGUCCGGCUCGUCUUUUUCCAGUCCUUCACGUCAGUCACUUUCAUUUUGAGAAAAAUACUUUUAGUCACAGUGUUUUGAAGGGAUUUUUCGUCUUAGACGUCUUAUCUGACACUCUAUCUUUUGUGAACCGUCCGAAGUUUCAUUUUUUUUAAAAUUCCAUUUUCGCUUCCAAUGGAUUGGAUCCAAAUCAGUAGGCAUCAAUUGAACUAUUAAACUUUACUGAUUUUAAACUUGGUGUACCAUAUUGGUUUUUGAGUGUUCUAUCCAUGAAAAAUUUUGAACUUUCAAAUUAUGCUCCCUGAAGUUGGAAUAUCUAUAUCUCCGUUGCAACCGUAAUCAUCUUUAGCUCAAGUCUACUCUGUCGAUCGCUCUGUCAUUUAAAAUGACAAAGUGUUAAAAUCAGACAGUGAACAAUUGACAAUCGGAUCAACUUACAAAAAACAACAAGAAUGGCGGAUAUCCCAGAUCAAACGCCAACCACUGCGGAGAGAGCAAACACUAUUUUCAAUAUUCCUGAAAACUUAAGCAAACCCAUCACUAAUGAGUACGAUGCAAUUAAGGGAAAGACGUGUCUCAUAAGUCCCACCGAAGAACAGUUUGAUUUGCUUCAAAAACGUCUCAAAGAGCGGUUACUAAAUGGAAGGGGUGAGACCAUCUACGAUGUAGGUGCAGCUGAAGAUAGUGGAGAUAAUGGGUUAGCGCCUGAUGAAUAUGAUGCUAGUGUAGCCACGCUCCAAUCUUUGGUUGCCACUUUAGAUGCAGAUUGUGUUCUCUUGCGACAAAGAAGAGGAGAAAAGGGGGUUUUUGCCCAGUUCCUCAUCCGAAAGAGAUUAGAGUCUCAGGAUUUUCUCGAAAUCAGGGUUGCUGUCGUCGGGAACGUAGAUGCCGGCAAAUCUACACUGUUAGGUGUUUUAACCCAUGGAGAUUUGGACAAUGGCAGAGGUCUUGCAAGGCAGAAAUUGUUCCGACACAAACACGAAAUGGAAUCUGGUAGAACAUCCUCUGUCGGCAAUGACAUCCUCGGUUUCGAUAGUUUAGGGAAUGUAGUCAACAAGCCAGAGCAUGGGUCUUUAGAUUGGGUAAAAAUUUGUGAGAGAUCAACGAAAGUCAUCACGUUCAUAGAUCUUGCAGGACACGAGCGCUACUUGAAAACGACCGUUUUUGGAAUGACUGGUCAUGCGCCAGACUUUGGAAUGUUAAUGGUGGGUGCCAAUGCUGGAGUUGUCGGGAUGACGAAAGAACAUUUGGGAUUAGCCCUUGCCCUCAGUGUACCAGUAUUUGUGGUUGUCACCAAGAUUGACAUGUGUCCUGUUAAUGUCCUUCAAGAAACUCUCAAAUUAUUAGUCAGGAUUCUCAAAUCACCUGGAUGUCGGAAAGUACCUGUUAUGGUCAAAACUCCGGACGAUGUAAUAGUUAGUGCUACAAAUUUUGUAUCUGAAAGGUUAUGUCCAAUAUUUCAAGUUUCUAAUGUGAACGGAGAGAAUUUAAAUCUUUUGAAAAUGUUUCUCAAUCUCCUGACAACAAGGAUGCUCAGUCAUGAUGACGAACCAGCAGAGUUCCAAAUUGAUGACACUUAUUCUGUUCCUGGUGUAGGAACGGUUGUCUCAGGAACAUGCCUCAAAGGCACCAUAAAACUGAACGACACACUCAUGUUGGGACCUGAUCCAGUUGGGCAGUUCAUACCAAUUGCAGUUAAGAGCAUACAUAGGAAGCGAAUGGCUGUGAGGGAGGUGCGAGGCAGUCAAACAGCCUCAUUUGCUCUGAAAAAGAUCAAAAGGUCACAGAUUCGGAAAGGCAUGGUUAUGGUGUCUCCAGCACUAAAUCCUGUUGCGUGUUGGGAAUUCGAAGGAGAAAUCCUGGUUCUUCAUCACCCCACCACAAUUAGCUCUCACUAUCAAGCUAUGGUGCACUGCGGGAGUAUCAGGCAAACGGCAUCCAUUUUAAGUAUGUCGGAAGAAUGUUUGAGAACAGGUGACAAAGCCCUGGUUCAUUUUCGGUUCAUCAAGCAUCCUGAAUAUCUACGACCAGGACAGAGGCUUGUUUUUCGAGAAGGCCGCACCAAAGCAGUUGGCAAUGUACUUAGAGUUAUUUUAUCAACUCCUGGUUCCUUAUCGGGGCGACAGCCGAAGGCUAAUAAAAUGCUACCUCAAACCAGCGGCUCCACUUCAUUACAGUACACUCCCUCAGGGACAGAAGUAGAGAUGGGCUUAGACCUGACUGGAGGAGACAAGAGGGAAACGCAAGUUCAACGAAGCAACGCCAAAAAAAGCAAAACAAAACGAGGAGGUAGAGGUAAAACAGCACAUGGGUCAGACCAAAGCUCUCAAAGGACAUCAAAAGUAUAAAGUGGAAUCAGGAGUUCUCCAAAGAAACAAUCCUUUUUCUUCCUGUGUGAAAUUAAUUUAGUCUCUCAUCUCAAGGAGUACAAAUCCUCUCUUUUUGUUCCUUUCAUCUUUCUCACUUGAUAUCCUUUCAGCGAUGAAAAUUGUGCGUGAGUGCAUCUCCGAGCAUACCUUCGGUUUGAGCAAAUGACUCGACAAUGUAGAUAGUAAAUUUGACUGUACUAUUUUUCUUUUUUGCCAAUUAGAUUACUCGAGUACUCAAAGGUGACAAAUUUUAUUGUAAGAUACUUUUCUGUACAAUCACAAUUUACGAACUACAAAUUUUCUGUCUUUGAACUUUAAUAGUUAUCUCAUAAUGUGAGCCCUACAGCCUCAGCAUGUGUGUUUAUGUUCUUUGAUUUAUCCUGUAACUACAUAUUUAUCCUGUCAUGGUGAGCACUAGUUGAAUGCCUGAAAAAAAGUCGGAAACUACAAAAAGGUUUAGUGUUCUCGCCUCAGCCUUUUUUAAGCUCUUAUAUCUUUAUUUCCCCUUUCCCAUUGGCUUUCAUGUCAUUCGCUCACUUUUUCUGGGCAUGUCAUUUUUGUGGUGUUACUGUAGGAUUUCUCAUCUUGCUCCUACACACCCAGCACCUUAAAACGAUGAAACUUCCCAAGUUUUAAACCUUCAACUAAUGCAACUUUUGAGUGACCAGUUGUUACUUGUCUUGAAUGUACAUAUUGAUACCUACAUCACCGUAUUAAAAUUUCUAUUGAAACCUUGGAAACAUACCUAUCCUAGAGUAGGUAAACUAACACUCAUUGAGUUUAUUAUGUUGCACCAUACCGUCAAACAUUAAAGUAACUACUUUUUGCAAAUAGCAACUGCAAUAUCUGACUCAUUUGUUAAAGCACUUACCUGCAUAUGGAAACUAAUGUCACAUGCGUUUCUUCUAAAGUAAGUUGGACAUUUUAGUUCCUGAUCGCAAAAUUUAGUUCAAAUGUGACUUUCCCAAGGGAGAGGGACCUUGUAUAAAAAAUUCGAUUUUGAGGUUUUUGAUGCCAUUGUCACUUUUUCUGUGGUUGCUCAAGAAUAUUAGAAAAGGAAUUUCUCUCUAUCUUUUUGGCAACAGUAGGAAUGGCAAUAAUUGAAUUGCUGACAGUGGGAGUCAGUUAUCUUUAAAAAAUCAGGUAACUUUUUUAAAUGCUAAAAAGUGAUUUUUAAAACUCAACUUUUUCACUUACUUUUGAGUUUCCUUAAGGUCAGCAAGAUUGAAUAGCAGUUCUUCCAAUGACUACCCGUUUUUGGACUUUAACUUGCCUUCCCAUUUCUUAUUUAAAAAAGCUUGAAAUUUUUCAUGUCCUAAGUGUUGGUCAUUCUUUAGGGACCUCUCAAUAUGCCCUCAUAACAUUUUACUGUCAUUGAUAGCACUUUUUUCAACUAAUUAUUAUCCGUUCUUUCCCUAUAAGUGUUGUUUUGCAGGUUGUUUUUGGAUGCAUUAAUUCAAUUUUUUAAAAUCCUACUCCCCUACUUUCUAUUCCACUCAAGUCUUUAGAUGUAAGAGUUUUUUGUCUCAAAAUAGGUAACACCUGUUAUUCUCCAAAACAUACAUAGAUCUCAUGCACACAAACUCAGUAAUUAUGUAUAUCAUGUUCAGCUCUUACCUUUUUCAAUCCAUGGAGCUACUUGUAUUCUUCUCAAACCAUGGGAUAGAUCUCAACAAUCCAAAGAAAUCAGGUGUGCGUAUCUCAACUAUGGAGACACCACCCACUUACUGGAGCACCAGGUUUUUAUUUAAGAGGAUAGUAGUUGCAUCAUUUAAGAUGCUUGUGGAGGGGUAAAAAUUUGCUCAGUGGAGUGGAGGAGGACUUUGCAGUGAUGCUGAAAUACUUCUAAAUACUUCUACUGCUAGCUUUUCUCAUAAGGUAAUUUUUCUAAUGUAAGGGACUUGGCAAUCUCUUCUCCUCUUUUCUUCAAUGAUGCAUUAUUCGAUAGCUAAAUAUGCUUUUUUUUGUUUCAAUAUUUUUCUUCAACAAAUUGUAGUUUUUUAUCAUUUUUUUGAUCAUGUUUGUUUUUCUCAUACAAUCAAAAUUUUACCUCAGACAGUUUCAAAUUCAUUUUAUCACUUUAACACAUCUAAUUUUCUGUUAAAUAUGACUCUUCUACAUAAUUAAAAAUGCUAUGUUUGACAAAUUUACUAUGACUUAAUGUCCCUGUGUGUGCCCUCUUAAGGUGUAAACUUAUUUACAAGUGUCUCGGUAGCAAUUUUUCAAAAUUUUCGAGCUUGCUUUACUUUUUCAAGAGAAAAGUAAACAAUAUUUUCAAUGAAAUUUCCAUAGUAUAUUCAAAGCUCAUGAGAUUUCUUCUUGGAUGAAUUUUAAUGAUUUAGAAAAAGUUGAGUAUAGAUUAUCCAAGUAUAUAAUGGCUCCUAGUUGCUCAGUCAAUGGUGACUCAUGUUGUCAAAGAUUUAUCCCCUCUGUUGAUUAAACUGGAAGAUUCUUACAUUGAUGAGAAUAAUUGUAACUAAAUGAUUCUUGUAUUGA